GAACCUACGAUAUCUAACCUAACGAACCCCCUAUUGAAGUAGACAUAAAUUUCAACACUCAUAAUGGCUCCAUCAGCAAUUCCCACGACUAUAGCGGGCGACAAGCCUUCUGAGAACCCAGCAGCUGCAACGUUCGAUGCCAAAUCCGCGAUCUUCAACACUAAAGGUACGGACAUGAAGUCCAUGGCUGUCGGUGCAGUAAAGAAAAAUGGAGAGAGCGCUGUUCCAGAAAUUCCAAAUUUCAAAACGAAGGAAGAAGAACAGAAAUACUGCAAAGAGCAUCUCGCUUGUGCCUUCAGGGUAUUUGCUGCCAACGGAUUCGAUGAAGGUGUAGCUGGACACAUGUCCCUUCGAGAUCCCAUCAAUCCCCAUUACUUCUGGAUCAACCCGUAUGUAAAUCAUCGGAACAACUUCCCCUGAGUUCUUUCCCUGACGAAUUGCUAGAUAUUGUAUGCACUUUGAAGACGUCACAGUCUCGGAUCUUGUGUGUGUGAAUGAAAAUGCGGAAGUCAUUGAGGGAGACCACGCCAUCAAUGCUGCUGGAUUUUCCAUUCAUUCUGAAAUCCACAAAGCACAUCCUUGGAUCAACGCUGUAUGCCAUGCACAUUCAAUUGCGGGAAAAGCCUACAGCGUCUUCGGAAAACCACUUCCGCCUAUCAUGCAAGAUUCCCUGCGAUUUUACGGCACCCACGUUGUCAACCCCGAUUAUGGUGGAGUUGUGCUUUCUUCUGAAGAGGGAAAAGCUAUUGCCGCUGUCCUAAGACCACAAGAUAAAGUCGCAAUUCUCCAAAAUCAUGGUUUGCUGUCGGUUGGUGAGACGAUUGACGAAGCUGCCUAUUGGUUUCUGUGUUUCGACAAGUGUUGUCGGGCACAAUUGAUGAUUGAUGCUGCGGCAGCAGGAACAGGUAAUCAACCCAGAGAGGUUGAUCAUAAGACUGCGUUUUUCACUGAGCAACGCAUUGGGACGAGACACAGAGGAUGGCUCAACUUUCAGCCAUACUACACUAACAUGCUUAGAAAGACCAAGGGGGACUUCUUGAAUUAGCAAGGACGUCUCACGGGGAUUGUAUG